GGAAGUAUAGACUGUAUCCAUGAAAUCGAAAUCAACUUAUCAACUUGUAAAAUUAUCAUUUCGACAAUUUUCUCUUGUUUAUAUUUAUCCAUUAACAGAGACUAUACCAUUAUGUUUACCUAAAAUGUUUACUGAAGUAUUUAUUAGUAAAAAUUGUCAUUUAUUCCCCUAUCCAUCAUAUUGUAGUAAAGAUAAGAUUAUUAGAAAAUUGUCAAAAAUUUCUUCAACACGUCGAGCUGAAUUACUCUAUGAACAAGUAUUGAAUAAACAAUAUGAUAAUGAUAUUGAUGAAUAUACACGAAUGCAACAUCAAACACGUCAAUGUAUACAAACACGUCUUUAUGAUUAUGUAUUGAAUGAUAUAUUAGGUUUGUAUACUAUAAAAUGUUCAUUAGAUAAUUUCCCAUAUCUUCUUGAUCUCGGCUGUGGUUAUCAGUCAGUUGUAACCAGUCGUUAUUCAGCUAUCACCUUGUCUUCAUCAUCAUCAUCAUCGUUGGCUAACAAUACAUUCUUUCCUAUUUGUAUUGAUCUAUUCAACUCAAAAUUAUUUUCUGUGCCAAAUUAUACUAAUUCAAGAAUUGUUCAAUUAUUAAAGUGUAAUCUUGCUAAACAAUAUUCAUCAUCAAUUAAUCAUAUUAUUCCACUUCGUGAUAAUUCAAUUGAUUAUAUUAUAUCAAUUUCUUUUCUUCAAUGGUUAUUAAUUUAUCCAAAAUCAUGGAUGUGUAUUGAUUAUUUAAUGCAUGAAAUUACUCGUCUAUUAAAUCGACAACCAUUUGGUCAAUGUGUUCUACAAUUCUAUCCAUUGAAUAAUACAAAUUUAUAUGAUAUUUCUAUGGCAAUAAGUAGAGUUGAACCAAAAUUAAUUGGUUGUCAAUUGAUUAGUCGACCAGUUGUUAAUCGUGGAAUGAAAAUAUUUUUAUAUUUAACCCCUGAAAGAUGAUAGCAAAGAUACAGUUUUCUGUUGUUAAAAUACCAUUUUAAUGCAACACUUCGUCGUCGGUGGUGGUAAGUCUCUCCGUGUGUGUGUGUGUGUGUGUGUG